AUGGGUGAUAACGACACCUCGAAUCGACCAAAUUCGACAACAAUCUAUGAGGAAACUACCACCGAAUAUUGGGAAUGCAUUGAAUAUCCGACAGGCGAAUAUUUAUAUACCGACCCGGUUGGUGGGCGCUACGCCGGGAAUUGGUUGCCUAUACAAGCGGAUAGAAAUGUUGCCACCGACCCAUACGUGGUUACGGCGCUCUUUAUGGUUGCUGCCGCACUGACCGACACCUUAAGCUCCACGCUGCAUCCCAUCUUCUACGCCCCGUAUCCAGCGAUGAAAGCCUCUGCGCUGCCACCAGAAGCAAACUUUGCGGUCCACGCGCUUGUGCUCGUCUAUGCGACGCCCGCGCUACACGUAGUCUGCUCGGUGCUGACCAUCGGCCUGUUGAGAAUGGCGCACACGUCCCAAGGGCACCGCCGGUUUCACAACGCGACCAAGGCAGCUGUUGUCGUGGCCUACGUUAGCAUGCUACUUCUGGUGAACGCGUUUAUUUGGACCUCCUGGUUCGAAGGAGCUGUGCUAAAUGAUCCCGCAGAGAGGGCGUAUCGU